CCCUCCACAGCACGAUCCAGGAACUGGUCCCUAUUGGGCAAUUAUUAAUCGGAUUCUUGGCAUUCCUCUGUCCCCAGCCAGCAUGCUCCCCACCAGAGCAGGAGCAGAGCCCCAGGACUGGCAUUUGGACAUGCAGCUGACCAGCAAGGUGGUGCUGUCCGCAGCUGCGCUGCUCCUGGUAACUGCGGCUUACAGACUCUACAAGUCCAGGCCUGUCCCAGCCAAGCAAGCGGGGACAGAUAACAAGAGCCACAAAACAGAAAAUGAAGCAGAGGGCUUGGGGCAACCUGCCUUCCAGGGGGCUCCCCCAGGGACCCUGUCAAGAGGUCCAAGACGCAGGAAGGCCAUCAAGGGGGCUGGGUCCCCACUGGAAUGCACCUUGGAAGACGCAGAAGACUCCUGCCUCCUGGUCACUUCGAGAUCUGAGGAGUCCACAAGAAAAGUUUCUGGCGAGAAUCAGGGCGGGCAGCGCCCGGACUCUCAGCAGGUGCCUCCUCCUUGCAGUGGCCAGGAAGCCGGAACAGCUGGUAGAGGUAAGCCCAACCCUCCCCACCUCCCUCCUCUGGCCUGUGAACCCACAAGCUCCCCAGCCAGACUUGCUCCAGGAGUGGGCGGCAGCUGUGUGGGGGACAAGCUCUCUCCAUGGCCAGACGGCAGACCCCCAGAACAAACAGGGUCUGGGGACCCGGGAGCCCCCAGCUGUCGGACUGAUCCUGCAGUGGUCAGCGGUGACAUGAACCAGAGCUGGGUCUUCACCCAUGUGACAGGGCUCAGCAGGGGAGAGGCUGGGGCCCUCCAGGCUGCUGCAGACAUGGGUUUGGCCACACAGCAGCAGGAAGGAGCCACCAAUGCCUCCUACACCUUCUCAUCUGUGGCCCGGAUCCGGAUGGAGGAGAAUAUUCUGCAGAGGGCAGAGGGACCAGGGCACGAGCUAAAGGGUAGAUUAUAUGACUACUUUGUGGAGUCCACAUCAAAGGCUGUCUCCAGGCCAGUCCCCUGUACAGCAGCUCUGCCUGAUGCUCCAGCCCUUGAGCCUGGACCAGAGCCCCGGGCCACAGGAGCAGCCUCCAGAGGCCAAGCUGAUGACCCAGCGGGUGCAGCUGAAGUUUCGUCCCCACGGCCUGAGCCAUCCCCUUCUGCGCCAGGCUUCAGCAGAAAGGUGAGCCUCCUGCAGAUCGCUGAGAACCCAGACCUCCAGCUGCAGCCGGAAGGCUUCAGGGUGGCCCCGCCUGCCCGCCCGGACCGGGAAGCCCAGCUCAGUUCAGCCUGCAGCCGUGGGGAGCCCCAGGUGCAGUUUGUAGCUGGGACCAAUUUCUUCCACCUCCCGCUCACCCCUGCUUCUGCUCUGGAUGUCCGACUGGACCUGGGCAAUUGCUACGAGGUGCUUACCUUGGCCAAGAGACAGGGCCUAGGGGCCCUGAAGGAGGCGGCCUACAAGGUGAUGAGCGAUAACUACCUCCAUGUACUCCGCAGCCCGGACAUCUACGGGGGCCUGAGUGGAGCAGAGCGGGAGCUGAUCCUCCAGCGCCGGCUCCGUGGCCACAGGUGCCUGGUGGUGGCAGACAUGUGUCCCCAGGAAGACAGUGGCCGCCUCUGUUGCUAUGACAAUAUUCGGGAUGCCUGGCACCCGCUGGCCCAGCUGCCCCUGGAGGUCAUGUCCCGGGGUUGUGCCCUCUGUACUCUCUUCAAUUAUCUCUUUGUGGUGUCCGGCUGCCAGGGACCUGAGGGCCAACCUUCCAACCGUGUCUUCUGCUACAACCCCCUGACCGCGAUCUGGAGUGAGGUGUGCCCGCUGAAUCAAGCCCGGCCGCACUGCCGGCUGGUGGCCCUGGAGGGGCACCUCUAUGCCAUUGGAGGUGAGUGUCUGAACACCGUGGAGCGCUACGACCCCCGCCUGGACCGCUGGACCUUCGCCCCGCCCCUCCCCAAUGACACCUUUGCCCUGGCCCACACAGCCACGGUGUGCGCCAAUGAGAUCUUUGUCACCGGGGGCAGCCUGCGCUACCUGCUGCUCCGAUUCUCGCCUCAGGAGCAGCGUUGGUGGGCCGGCCCCACGGGGGGCAGCAAGGACCGCACGGCCGAGAUGGUGGCCGUCAAUGGCUUUCUCUACCGUUUUGACCUCAAUCGCAGCCUGGGCAUCAGCGUGUACCGCUGCAGUGCCAGCACCCGGCUGUGGUAUGAGUGUGCCACGUACCGCCUGCCGUACCCGGAUGCCUUCCAGUGCGCCGUGGUAGACGACCGCGUCUACUGUGUAGGGCGCAGGCGCAUGCUCUGUUUCCUGGCUGACCACAUCUCGCCCAGGUUUGUGCCUCAGGAGCUACAGGGCUUCCCUUCAGCACGGGGCACCCUUCUGCCUGCCGUCCUGACCUUGCCUGUCCCUGACGUGCCUCAGACUCCUGUCUAGCAGUCCCUCUGCUGGGCUCCGUCAGGAUUCAGAGAAAUUCCCUGACCUGAACAUGGCGAGCUGUAGAGUAGAAAGUUCUCUCUCUCCUCCGUCGCAGGCUACAGGGCCUCGGAGGAUUUUUAACCACCGUGGGCCGCAGGCUUGCCGCAAAAAUGAAGCCGAACAGCAGGCAUCCACAGACAGACCGAUGCUGGGCUUCAAAUCACAACUCCUGGCAGGGCCUAUUUCAGGACCCCACCAAAAUGCAUGGCCAUAGCCUUAUCCCAAUCACAGUUGAGAUGCCAGGGGGACCCUCGAGCUGGCUGGCUCUCAUGAGCUACCGUCGACCAGCUUCCUAAGCGUUGGUCUCACCAGUCCCUUCACAUUGGUUCCCCCCUUGAGCUUCUAGAAGCACCUGGGACACAGAUGGGAACAACAGAAGGAGGAGGUUUGGGCAGGAGCAGGAAGGAGCUCAGGCUAUCCCCAAGGUUUGGCCAGAGAGACUGGCAUUGCUGAAGCUAAAGGCACCUAUAGGGAUACUCGUUUGCAGAGCACAUUGACGGAGGCCCUUUUCUCUCUCUCUUUCUCUCUGGUUACCUCAAGUUCUGUGUGCUGGCAGGAAGAGAAGUGUCCAUCUUAGCAGGUGUUUUAUUUUAAUAUUAAUCAUAGCACAACUGAGGUCUUGGGAGGCGGGGUUGCCCAUGUGGUUCCAGGCUGCCUUUUUCCAGACCCGUGCCCACGCCCACAACCACCUGACCACAUGCUUCACAGACUGCAGAAUCCUUUCUACCUUCACGCCAGGGCAGCCACCACCAUUCAGCUCAUCAGCAUGGCCUUCUCUGUGUCUGGCAGCCAUCAUGUCUGCCUUGUCAGAUGGGAAGGAGUGAGGAGAGGCAGGUCCAGGAUGGAGCUAAGGAGUUGGAAGUCUCUAGUGGAGUGUCCAGGUCCUCAGUCUUUCACAUCAAAGGGGACCCAACUUCCAGGAAGAAAGGCAGAGCCAGUCCAACCUGUUACCCUACCUACCAUGCCCUUACUCCAUUCUGAGGGAGACAAAGUUGUCAGAGGGAAGCAAUGAUGCUCUUGAAACUAUCCAGGAGCCAUGAGGUGGGAGUCACAGUCGGGCCGGGUCUGCCGGAAUGGGAGAAUAAUACCACUCUGGACACUGUGUCCCUUCAAAAGUCCUUCUCAGACCCCAGCGGUGGCCAUGCUGCUGUGGGAACUGGGCUGGGUCACGUUUUGGAAAAUGCAGGAUAAGAAUGUAGAAUAAGGAGGAGGUCUGACGUGGAGAUGAGAUGGAAGCUCUGGUUGGACCAUGCAAGGUGACUAACCCUGGCCAAGGGCCUGGCAGGAGGAAGCAGCUGAGUGAUUCUUAAAUUGAAAGCUGAGUAAGAAAGGCUGUCUGAGCCUGUGGGUCCCUAGGGAGGAAAUCCUGCCCCCUGUCCCUGGUCUGCAGCCUCUUCCCUCUCCCUCUGUCCCCUGCCAAGGCCAUGUCAAUACCCAGGCAUCAACCUCUGAGGAACAUUAGGGUGGGGAAAGGAUGACUUCAGUAAAAAGACUCAAUGGGGCAUUGGCAUUGUGGUGCCAGGCUGGGGCGGGACAAGGUGCUUUUGGAAGGUAACCCAGCUUCCAGUCACAAGCUAGACAAGGUCUGGGGGCAGCCUCUGGCAAUGAGCCAGACAGAAGGCAAGGCCCCAGCACAGCUGGGUAGUUCCUAGGCUCAGGAGAAGAGAAAUACUAGGGAAACUUCCAAAAGCCUGUGGCAUGCCAGUGGUAGGAUCCAGGAACAUGAUUCCAGGGAAGUUGGGGGAAAAAAAGCAUUUCCUUGAUCCCAGUGAAUGGUGAGUGUAGUCUUUAUAAAGAGAGGGAGCGCUAAGACUGGGCUGUUGUACAUCCCUUACACUCACAUCUCAGGCAUCACCAAUCAAUCCCUGUAUCUUUUCCUGAUAAGCCCUUCUAAUGAGCUCAGAACUUCUCUAAACAGAACACCAGCCAUCAUGGCUGAUAGGUCAGAGCUGGCAUGCCAUCACCGGCUUGACAAAGAGCUGACCUGGGGGAUGGGCAUGAUUCUAAGUAGGAAACGCAGCCAAGGCUAGAUGGACAGACUUCACUGGUGGAAUGAGCAUGCACAGGCUGUUUGGGCUGAGCACUGCUCUUCAGGUGGAGGAAUAGCAGUGUUCCAAUGGAGGAGAACAGGCUGAUUCACAGACCAAGCACAAGCACAGGAGGAGAUGGAAAUCAGUGUGCACAGCUGCUAAGACAAGGGCAAGGCAGCAAACACAAUCGGGCCUUUCUAAUGAGACGGUGUCUCAGGAGGAAUCAGAGAGACUCACCCAGCAGGAGGGGGAAGGGUUUUGCCACAAAGGCUAGGGGACAGGGCUGCUUCCAAGGUGGACCACCUCAGGGUGGAGGAGGGGUAACCACUCAUCUGGCUCUUUCUCUGUUCCCUGGGGGAGAAGUCGACUAGGUGCACAUGGGAGCAGGAGCCAGCAUAAUUACCAGGAAGUCACAGGCGCCGUGGCCAAGCCUACAGCUGAGGGCAGCCUGCUGGCAUCUGCUUCACAGGGGCUUGGGGUCUAGGCUUCCCACUCAACUCGGGGGAAUAGACUGGGCUCUGCCAACCUCCUGGCCUCAGCCUCCGUGUGGCCUAAGCGUCAAGUGGCCCUGAGGACCAUCUGUGUUGCUUUUUUUCUAAUGAGAGUUCUUACUGCUUUAGGGGAGGGAAAAAUGAUGUUUGGGUUACUUUCCACUUUAAGCCAGUCCAUGUCCCUUUAUAGAAAAAUAAAUAGGCAAUUGGAAGGUAGAGAAACAUAUAACAAAAGUCUCAAUUCUGCCACCCAAUGACAUCUCCUGCCAGGGUGCGUGUCCCUCGGGUCUCUCUCUUCUGUCUGUGGGUUUUGUUUAGGUUGGUUUUUCCCCGGGUGUGUUUGUGCUGAGCAUACGAUUCUGCUGCUUCCUUCUGCACACGGCAUCUUCAGAAUAAGCAUCUCCCCAUGUUAUUACAAACCCUCAGUAAACAUCAUUUCAAUAGGAACAGAAUAUUCUGCGGAGCGAAUGGAUCGCACUUUAUUUAAACACCCUCCCCUCCUGUUGGGCUUGCGGAUUUUUUUCCCCCUUGUUGAUUUCUUUUUCUAUCAUAAAUAAAAUGGUCUUUGUUUU